AUGGAUCCCUUCAGCCUCUCCGUCGGUGCUAUUGGUAUCACACAAACCACUCUAUCCAGCAUCAGUAAACUUCGAGACAUUCUCAAUGGUCUCGAAGAAGCGAACGACAUUUUGCAAGAUGUGACUUUCGAAUUAGAAGCUAUACACCAUCCACUCUCAGCCCUUGAGAAUCUCCAUGUUUCGGAUGAGCCGACAUUUCUCGCAGCAAAACGAGAUCUGGAGAGAACGGGCGUUGCUGAUGCCGUGAACAAAUGUGGCCAAGCAUGCGACAAGUUUUCAAAGAAGCUUGAUAAAUGGACGAAACAUUCCAAUCCCACGGAGGUUUCCCUCAGGGAUCGGUUGUCUGUCGGUUUAUGGAAUCGAGAAAAGAUACGGACAUUCAGAACGCAGGUCCACUCCUGCCAGUCGAUUGUCCAGUUUGCGAUUGACAGCGCUCAGUUGUAUGUGGCCAAAUUAGAUACCAGAGAAGAUAUGCUAAUCCUCCGAAGAAUCAUCUUAGUACGGUCCGAAAGUGCAUCCAAAGCUGCACGGCACGAGACCAAGAAACAACUACAAGUUCUCGAAACCGCCAUCCAGAAGCACGUUGAGCUCACGACGAAACAACAAGCCGAAGUUUUACAGCGCAGGAGGGAUCUUCAAAGUCUAGACGACGAAGAUGAUGAAGACGACGGCCAGCGACUUCUAACCAUCCAGGAGACCAAAGCGCAAUCUCAUUUCCUUGCAGCCGAUCAAGCUGCUUGUGAGGUUGUUUCGCAAAUACUCUCUACCUUGGCGGUCCCUCGGGUCAGCACUUACAAUACAAAUUUCUCUCAUAGUCACAACGAGGGUAUAAAAAUUGGGCACAACACAAGCACGAUUACGUGGAAUAGCGGUCGCACUUGA